AUGGGCAUUAUUCAGGAUGUGACUCGGAGGUGGGAGGGAAAUCAGCAACAAGUGGCUCCUCAGAGGCCGAAGAUCGAACACAAGUCCAGCCAGGUGCUGCCGAUGAACAACGUCACCGUGAGAUCGGGUGAGAAGACAACAGUGAAAUGUAUCAGCCGCUACGGGAACCCUCCCGCCAAGCUCAAGUGGUUCUUAGGUGAGACUGAGCUGCCGAGCAACCAGAGCAACAGCCCCGAGGUUGACAACAGGAGGACCUGGGUUGCUGUGUCCGUGCUGGAGAUCCACGUUGACAAAGUCCAGCACCGGAAGCUACUCAAAUGCGCGACCAUCCACGAAUCAUAUCCUACCAAGGUUCUGGCCAUUGAGGUCCGGCUAGAUGUCACCUGUAAGUAA